AUGUCUUCAUUCAAAAGAAAGACGACGGCAAAGCAAGCCCCCGUACCCAAUGGAACUCGCUUUUCACCAGGCUCCACUUCUACACUCAUUACCUCCACUGGCAUCCCAUCGUUGGAUGACAUCCUCGGAGGAGGACUGCCCUUGUCGUGCAGCUUGCUCAUUCUCGCUCCAGAUCAUCAUUCUGCGUACGGAGAGCUCUUGCAGAAAUAUUUCGUAGCCCAGGGGUUGGCAUGCGGGCAAAAGUUGUGUAUUGUCGACAAUGACGCGAACCAGUUUCUGGCGGAAUGCAUGUGGAUGCCUGGUCCCUCUGCUAUGGGCGAUACUUCAUCCAUCGGAGAUGACGAAGGCGAGGGCAAGGCAGAUGAGCAUGAUGCUAAAAUCAAAAUUGCGUGGAGAUACGAGCAGAUGAAGCAAUUCAAAACUACUGUUCCCACAUCGAAUCAAUUAUCCGAAGACUACUGCCGCACCUUCGACUUGACCUGUCGAAUUCCGGAUUCUACCGUACAAUCCGCAAUUACUGCUGGUCAAGUCAUGGUGGUCCCCGUUUCCGAGUCCGAUGUUGAAAAGUCGAGUGCUCAGGAGGUUUUACUCCGCCUCUCUUCCCGGCUUGCAGAAUACGCCGCCGCGUCUGAUGUACCAGAGCCUAUCCGUGUUUGUAUUCCGGCAUUGGGUUCUUCGCAAUGGGGUGAUCUCUCGACAUAUGACAUUUGCCGUUUCUUGUUUGCAUUGCGAGAUAUUCUGCGGCGAUAUCCCGGUGCUUGUGCAGCCGUGUCACUGCAGCCGUACUUAUGUACCGAUUCCUGGGGUGGCCCUGGUUGGGUGCAAAAGCUCAGCUGGCUCUCCGAUGCAUGUGUGUCUCUUGCCGCAUUUACUGGCAACCCCUCUCUCACGGAAAUGUUUUCUUCGCAUAAUGGCUUGGUCCACAUACACUCUCUACCUGCUCCUCACACGCUUCUCCCGCCAAGUGAUAAGUUUUCGACUCUUCGAGGGCUAUCGUCUUCUGGCGAGAAUAACCUUGCUUUCAAGUGCAUGCGGAAGAGGCUGAUAUUUGAGACACUUCAUCUGGAUCUUGAGGGCGGUGUUGGAGAGAGACGUACAACUCCUGCUAGCAAUGCGGUAGCCCUCGAUGAUCACAUUCAUCGCACUUAUACCGAUCUGAGUCCUAAUGUCGUCGGUACAUUAGCUACUGGAGGUGCUGCUGUACAAGUCGAGCUCGAGUCGGGACAGGUCGCAGAUAGCAUGGUGGGAACGGGUUCAGCGAUGAAAAAGGUGAAGGUAAAGAAGAAAGUUGCAUUCGCGUCUGAUCUGUAUGAAUUCUGA